AUGUCUAAGAUUCCCGCGCCGGCUGUCGAGGCUGGGCCUGAGGUGCCAGAGGUCGAAACUGAGCAUCUUGGCUUCAAAGUCCUCAACCAAGGCAAACAAGGCCCCAAGAAGGUCAAGAUCCUGCCCCAGCCAUGGCCCACCGACAAUCUGCCUCCCGCUUCCGCCAACCUGCUCUCUGUCGCCUCCAAACCCGGUCUUCUCGCUGCCGCCGGCCCCAACGCCCUCGUCAUCACAUCCACAGACACCUUGCGCAAAGCUUUCCAGAACAAGACCAUCGCCGAUGCCAUCGAGCAACCCGAUGAUCCGCGCCUCGAAAACCGCGACAUUGAUGUAGUGGCAGAUUACACACCUGACAUCAACAUCUCCACUUCCAACCUACGCCAUGUCGCAUUCUCCGCCGAUGGAGACUUUUUGGUUACGUCCGAUGAAGCUGAGGGCGGCGUGGUUAUCUACGGUGUUGCGGAUGUUGUCAGCCGAGGCAAGAGAGAUGCAGACAACAAAUUGGCAACCGACACGACUAUUCGAGCACUCCUACCGAAUCCCUCUCCUGAUUUUGAACAGUACUUCGCUAUUGUCCUCGAUUCCGGCAAGCUCGAGAUAUGCGACGUGGGAAGCGGCGCCAAAAGGACGAUCCUAGAGCACGAUGUCAACUGCGCCGCUUGGAGCGCGCGCGGAAAGGCUGUCGUCUCUGGCUCCACUGACGGCACCUGCGCUAUACACAUGGCCAAUGGAGAGCUCAAGGGCGUCAUUCCUCGGCCUCCGGACGUGGAUGAAAGCCACGAGGCGACGGGCGUGUCAUGGUUGAAAACUGCAGAGUUCCUGGUUGUGUACUCCGUCAAGAACCAAGACCAGGACAGCCCCGAGCCCAAGAAGUACAGCGUCAUACAAUCUACCAAAGACUGGAGGUCUUUCACAUAUCAUUCUCUGGCCUGGGAUCCUCUUCCCGAAGCAUUCGAACCUCCACGCCGCCAACUCCCUGCACGCAUCUCGUCCACGCGCCUACAAAACUGGAAGCCCGAUCUCGACGACAUGCUCAUCAUCACCUCCUCCCAUGCAGAUUCCAUUGCGAUCUUGGCCUCGACCAGCAGCAAGAUCUCUCCACAUCAGGAGAAUUGCAACGAGCUCAUGCUUGUCAGUGUCGACGACACCAAAAAGGCUCAGGUACCGCGAACGGCUUAUGGAGAGGACGAACUCGAUAGCGUCUUCAUUGGUGAGGCACUGGAUCUGUCUAGCAAGGAGAAAAUACUGCGUCCUAUCCCUGCCUUGGAAGAGAUCAACGAGGCGCCGUGGCCAUUGCCUGCAUACAUGGCUCUUACUCACGAAGGUCUUCUUUCAGCCUGGUGGGUUGUCUGGAACAAGUCUAUCGAGGCUGGCGAACGCUACCCUGGUCUCAUUUUCAACAGCGAAGCUACCAAACAUUCAUCAUCGUCAACUCCAAGGGCUUCUACUCCUGCGUCAAAACUUCCCAUCGCUACCUCUACCCCCUUCAGCAAGUCCGUGGGAACACCCGCAACUCCAGGAACGUCGGGCAUUCCCGCAUUUGGUGGCAACACCGGAAAUGGCUUCAGUACACCAACUCCCGCUCUGAUGAAGCCCACACCACCUGGCUUCGGAACGCCUGGAUUCGGCACUGCUGCUACGAGUCUACCUGCCCCAACGUUCGGUAAGCCUGCACAACCUGCAUUCGGCGCCCCGUCUUCAAUCGGUAAGCCUUCUCAGCCAACUUUUGGUGCGCCUUCUCAACCUGCCUUCGGUGCUGCCUCGUCAUUUGGUAAGCCUUCUCAGUCGGCUUUUGGAACACCGUCUGCAAUCGGUAAGCCUUCGCAGCCAGCUUUUGGAGCACCGUCCGCUGUGGGUGCUGGUAGUGGCUCUGGUUUUGGAGCAGCGGGCGGAAUGGGAAACAAAGCAUCACCAUGGGGAGCACCUGCACAAUCUUCAGAAUCCAAGUCCAACCCCUUUUCGGCUGCUGCUGGUGGCUCAUCUGGCUUUGCCAAGUUUGGAGGUGCUGGAGGAUCGAGUUCCUUCUCGAGCUUUGGAAGCAACAAUUCCGCGCAAACAGGCUCAGGUUUUGCAUCGCUUGGACAAGGGCAACAAAAGUCAGGCUUUGGGGGUCUGAAGACGGAGCCAAGCUUUGGCUCUACUGUGACUGUUGGCUCUAAUACUGGAUCUUCACUACCCUCCUGGGCAAACACACCCGCACAGCAGAGCAGCUCAAUCUUUGGACAACCAGAAAAGUCUUCGUUCAACACAGCCUCAUUCGAGUCUAAGGCAUCUGAUAACAGCGACGCGAAUACCGACCGAAAGAGGGAUGAGGCUACACCCACCCCACAAGCUCCAGCAUCACAAGGCCUCUUUGGCCUUGCAGGUGGCUUCAAGCUCGGCACCACCUUUGCUAGUGACGGCACGGCUAAGGACGAUCCAGCGAAGCCUGCGGCUCCUGCCAACGGUUCAUUCUUCGGUAGUGACUUUUCCAACAUGCUAGGAAAGACAGAUAUGAAGCCGCCAGCUACCCCCGCGAGUGAAGCUCCUCCAAAUUACGUCUCAACCACUCCGGCAUCGCCACCAAAGUCGAAGCCACUAUUCCCCAGCGAUACUCCUGCAAGAGAGAGCGCGACCCCCAAAGCAGCACCGCCUGCACAAGAGGCCGCCACCCCUGCGGAUGACGCACCUUUACCGCCAGAUUCUACCAAGGCUAAACCAUCCAAGGUUGACGACGCGCCUCUACCUCCGGACUUCAUCAACACGAAGCUACCGAAGUCGACUAGCGACGAUCUGCCUCCUCUUGCUGGCAGUCCUGGUGUUGAAGUAGAAGCACCCAGUUCUUCCGUCGAUGUAUCCCCUAUUGACAACGAAGAUGAGGAUGACCACGAUGAUGACGACAAUGAGGAGAGCGACGAGGAUGAAGAUGGGGACGAGCAAGACUCUUUUGACGAGGAUGAGGAUGAGGAUGAGGAUGAGGAUGAGGAUGAGGAUGAGGAUGAGGAUGAGGAUGAGGAUGAGGAUGAGGAUGACGUUGAAGAAGUCGAUGAAACAUAUCCACCAAACAACGCGUCAAAGUCGCAGCCUACGAAGCCGUCUGGCUUUAGCUUGCAGGAAAGGAUGGAUCAGUCAAAGAGCUUCUUCCCUCCUGCACCGACUCCUCCUACCAUGAAAUCCGGCGCCACAUCCCAGUCUGGUAGCAGCGCUUCACUUGCCCAGCCCUCCUUGUUUUCACAGCCUUCGAGACCCGCUGUUAGCCAGCCAUCGUUUGGAGGCUCAUCGCUGUUUGGACAACAACCAGCCAAGGGUCCCAAGCCCGCAGUGCCUGCCAAACCGAAUUUCCCACCCCCAGCGAACCGCGCCCAAGACCUUCGCUCGCCUAGUCCAGCUCGUUCAAGCUCAGCGUCUCGUCCUCGAAGAGAACCUCUGGUCGCACCGGGUGCUUCAUUAAGCUCAUCUAUGCUUGGGUCUAAACCACCGACGCCACAACCACAGUUCUCCGAUCUUGAAGAUGAAGAAGAUGAGCGGAUGCGGGCACAGCUUUCGCAGCCGAUCGAACCCAGCCGGAACCUGGAGGAGUUUGUCGCAUACCAGAAUUACAGUGGUGGCAAAUCACCUAGCAAGACCGGCCACGCCGCUCAGAUCGAGUUGAUCUACAAGGACAUCAACGGCAUGGUGGACGCGCUUGGCUGGAACGCGCGAUCUAUCAAGUCAUUCACACAAUAUCACCUACAGCCUCGGUCCGACCACACAAUCGAUCGACGUAUGCUGGAUGAUGUCCAAGACGAAGGAGCUCAUGGCUCUUGGUUCGAGGAGUUCACCCUGUGUGAGAUCCAAGCCUUACGUUCUCUCGAAGAUGAGCUUGAGCGAGAGCUUGAUGCUGGACGAGUACAAGACGUGCUCUUCAAGCUUACACAACUCGCCCGCUUACUUCACGACAAAGCCAAGCUGAUGACUCGUCUUAACGAUAUCCGCCGCCAGAUCAUCAAUCGCAAAGACCCCGAGAAGGCAGAAGCACUCCGUAAGGCGCCGUUGCCGAAGGAGCUUGCGGACGGGCAGAAAGCCCUGCGUAACGAUUAUGCCCAGUUGUUGACAUCGCUACGUAAGGCUGAAGACGCCGUCGCAGUUUUGCGCUCACGUCUAGCUUCGCACAACGCCCAGAACGGCAGCACAAAGGCGGUGCCAUCUAUGGAAGCUGUGAAGAAGACAGUCCUUCGACUGGCCAGCCUAGCUGAGCAGAAGAACAACGAUAUCCUCGUCCUUGAGGCACAGAUGCGCAAGAUCGGCCUUGCAGACUCCAGCCGUCCUUCCUCAUCCUCCUCACGCAACGCCGGCACACCCCGACGAUCACGCGGCACAGAUCUGCGCCGUAGCAUUGCCGACACACCAUAUGCUACGCCACCUACCAACCGUAACAAGAUGAGCUUGAGCGAGCUGAAUCGUCGUGCUCUGACCCCAGACGUUGAGGCUACCCCUACACCCAGCAAGGGCUAUGGCUUGUUCUACACGCCCGAAGGCAGCCCGACAACAGGCAAAGAAAUUGCACGUCUAAGCGACCUGGUUGACGACAACAUCGACAGCUUGCGACAGACUGCCAGGACGAGGAAACAGGUUGCCAAGGGUCUCAAAGAUGCGCUUCUCGAUCGUGGAAUCAAGGUUACUAAGGUUAAUUGA